AUGCUUCUCGCACAGCGCAAACGGAAGCAGCAGCUCACAGGGAAGAUUGGCCACACCGAUGAAGAGUACGAGUUCGGUGAUCAGAGGAGACUGGGGAUGCAGAUUGGUGCCAGGGACGGUAGGCUCAUGCACGGAGGCUACGAGGUGAUCCCCCCGUGGGGGAAGCAGGAGCCACAGCAACGGCACAGACAACGGACGCCGGCACCACAACAAACUCCCCAACAGCAACCGCUGCAAAUAUACCAGCCACAGCCGUGGGCGCAAGAGAACGUUUCUCCGCCGCUCAACCCAUGGGUGAACCCAUCACCGUGGCAAAACAACGCUAACUGCUUCCACGGUGAUAGGUACCAAAAGCCGCUGAGCUUUCCCUCCGUCCUUCCGCCGUUGCACGCGGCGCCUCUCUUGCCGAGUCCGGCAAUUGUGGGGAAGUCCCCGCUGCGCUUUCCCUCCGCACUUAAAGCGGCGGACAUCAACGCGACACCGCAGCUACCCCUGCGCCCGUUCAGCGCACAGUCGCCCGCGCCACUACCACUGCAGGUGCCGCAGCUACCAAUGCACAUGUUGCCGCCGGUGCUUCCACCGAUGCCGCAGCCCAUCACGCCCUCGCGCAGCGAGAGUAGAUAUGGCAUCCGUCCGCGGUCGCAGCCGUCGACCAGCGCGGGAUCUCUGUUCCCGCAGGUGAACGACAACCCAAUCAGUGCGCGGCGGCAGGCGCGGCAGCGUGCAAUAGAGAUACAGAAUGAAAACGCCCGGCUUUGUGAGGAGCGGCGUCUCCGCCGGGAGCUGCAGAGGCAAGCUGAGAUGGAGGAACAGAGGCGGCAGGAGGAGAUAGCGCGGGAGCAGCGGGUAUAUAUUGGGCGUAAGGAGCGGGAUGAGAUGGAGCGUGAGCGGUACGAGGCGGAGGAGAAGAUGAUGGGUCGGAGGCCGAAUAAGAAAGACAGGAGUAGUGAAGCACAGCUGCGUGAGGACCUUAAACGGCAAAUCGAGGAGAAGAAGCGGCGGCAGGAGGAAGAGGAAAGGAGGGAGGCCGAUAGAGAAAGCAAGAGGACUCUGGGGACGGCCACUAACGCCCCCCUGAUGCCACUCGAGAGUAACACCAACAUCAGUGCCUCAGUAGAAAAGAAGGACGACCUCUCGUUGCCGCAACCUCUCCCAGUGCAACUAGAACCGCCGCUGCAGCAGCCCACUGGUUUUGUCCAGCCCCUCUUUAACCCCGUUGUUGGCGCCAAUCCACCGCUCAUGCAGACCCAGCUGCCACCGCCUUUUUCUGUUGAUCUGCUUUCAUGCGGCCUCCCCUUCCAAAAUGGUGGAAUGCCACUUCCGCCCUUUGAUGCGAUGCCGCCGCCGCCGCCGCCGCCGCCCUUUGCACCAGUGACACCAUUGGCAACAGCAGCUGCUGCAGCAGGGGGAGACAUUUCUCUAGGGAUCGGGAAUCCGUCCGUGUUGCCGGUGCCUUGCCCCACCACACCACGUGAGGUCCCUCAUACAAGGGAUGCGGAGCGCCUUGAAUCGCAGCUGCGCGAAAUGGUCAACAAUCACCGUGGCAUCCAGCGUAUGUUAGAGACAGAGGUCCAGCGGAAGCCCGGCGAGGCGCUGCCCGCUCCACUGCCGCUACCGUCGCCGAUUGUGAUGCCGCAGAGUUACCUCCCAUCACUCAACCCGCUACAGCCGCCGCCUACCCCUGUUGUGUUUCNUCGCCGAUUGUGA